UGCAGUCUUCUCUCCACAUCCACACACUCAAUUCAGACACAUAUGCACACACAACACACACACACAAACUGUCAGAAGCCUCUAAGCUUAACAUGACGGUCUCGCCUUGCUGCUAAAUCAAAAAGAAGGGACACAGGCGCACCACUCAGGGCAGACGCAGACAUACAGGAAACUGUCACUGUGUCACGUUCAGAUAAGUCACUGGAGGGAAGCUGCGGAUCUGGGACCAGUUGAAGGGACAAAAUGGGUUUGUUGGCGGCCCUGGUUCUGGCCUCGCAGCUGUUGCUCCAACUGGGCUCACAUGUGGAAGCCCAGGCUCUAGUCUAUGAUCUGCUCACCUCGCCUGAUUGCCUGCCAGACCUGCUGCAGGGGGGUCUGGCCGAGCAAGGUGUGAACGAGGCUUUCAUCCUGGCCACCUUCAAGCUGCAACCCAAGACCGGCACCACCGUGUUCGGCCUGUACAACCCAAGGGACAACAGCAAGUACUUUGAGUUCACCGUGAUGGGGAAGCUCAACAGAGCUGUGUUACGCUACCUGCGGACCGACAAAAGGAUGAGCUCAGUCACCUUCAACAACCUGGUGCUGGCGGACGGCCAACAACACCGACUGUUGUUCCACCUGAAAGGGAUGCAGCAGCAAGGGCCAGGAGGGCUGGAGCUGCAUCUGGACUGCAGGCUGGUGGAGACAAUCAGGGAUCUACCCGCUGCCUUCCAGGGUUUGCCAGCAGGCUAUGGCACGGUGGAGCUAAAGACCAUGCAAACCCGAGACCAGGAGAGCGUAGAUGAGCUCAAGCUGGUGGUUGGAGACACUUUUGAGAAUGUCGCUUCAUUACAAGACUGCCAUUUCCAACAAAGGGACUCUGUUCAAACUCUGGGGGUCAACACCAAGCAGCUGUCAAAUCAAAUGCUGGAGCUGACCAAGGUGGUAAGUGAGCUGAAAGACGUCCUCAUUCAGCAGGUCAAGGAAACCUCAUUUCUCAGAAACACCAUCUCAGAGUGUCAGGCCUGCGGCUUGGGUGGAACUGAGGUGGUGAAACCAAAGUGUGCCCCAGGUGUCUGUUUCCGAGACGAUAUGUGUAUAGAGACAGCGGAAGGUGUGGAGUGCGGACCCUGUCCCGAUGGGUACACCGGGGACGGUUACAACUGUGACGAUGUGAACGAGUGCCAGUUUAACCCCUGCUAUCCCGGCGUGAAGUGCGUCAACACCGCCCCGGGCUUCCGCUGCGACGCCUGUCCGCUGGGCUUCACUGGCCUGCCUGUGGAGGGUGUGGGGGUUGUGUACGCUCAGACCAACAAACAGGUGUGUGACGACAUUGAUGAAUGCAAAGGGCCGAACAACGGAGGCUGCACCUCAAACUCAAUCUGUCACAACUCCGUGGGCUCCUAUCAGUGCGGCACCUGCAAGACGGGCUUCACCGGAGACCAGCAGAAAGGCUGCAAGCCGGAGGUCAGCUGCGGCAACAGCCUGACCAACCCCUGCGAUGUCAAUGCCCAGUGCAGCGUAGAAAGGGACGGGUCUGUCUCCUGUCUGUGUGGAAUUGGCUGGGCAGGUAACGGGUACCUGUGCGGGAAGGACACUGACAUUGAUGGAUACCCAGAUGAGAAACUCAAAUGCAAGGAUUCAAGCUGCAGAAAGGAUAACUGUAUGUACAUCCCUAACUCUGGUCAAGAAGACGCUGACCGGGACAGCCAUGGAGACGCCUGUGAUGAUGAUGCAGAUGGUGAUGGUAUUCCAAACGAACAGGACAACUGCUGGUUGAAGCCCAACGUGGACCAGAGAAACAGCGAUAAGGACAGCCAUGGUGACGCAUGUGACAACUGCCGCAUGAUGGAGAACCCCGAUCAGAGGGACACAGACAGCGACGGCAAAGGGGACGCCUGCGAUGAAGACAUGGACGGAGAUGGCCUGAAAAACAUGCUGGACAACUGCCAGAGACUCCAGAACAGAGACCAGCGGGACCGAGACGGAGACGGAGUGGGGGACGCCUGCGACAGCUGCCCUGACAUCUUCAACCCAAACCAGUCUGAUGUUGAUAAUGACCUGGUCGGAGACUCCUGCGACACAAACCAAGACAGUGAUGGCGACGGUCACCAGGACACCAAGGACAACUGCCCGUUCGUGAUCAAUAGCUCUCAGCUGGACACAGACAAAGACGGGCUGGGCGACGAGUGUGACGACGACGAUGACAACGACGGCAUCCCGGACAUGAUUCCACCGGGACCGGACAACUGUCGGCUGGUACCAAACCCUGACCAGACUGACGACAACAAUGACGGAGUUGGAGACAUAUGUGAGUCCGACUUUGACCAGGACAAAGUGAUCGACAGGAUUGACAACUGCCCAGAGAACGCUGAGGUCACCUUGACUGACUUCAGGGCCUAUCAGACAGUGGUGCUGGACCCUGAGGGUGACGCCCAGAUCGAUCCCAACUGGGUAGUUUUGAACCAGGGAAUGGAAAUAGUUCAGACCAUGAAUAGUGAUCCAGGACUUGCUGUUGGUUACACUGCUUUCAGUGGAGUGGACUUUGAGGGGACGUUCCACGUGAACACAGUGACUGACGAUGACUACGCCGGCUUCAUCUUUGGCUACCAGGAUUCCUCCUCCUUCUACGUGGUGAUGUGGAAGCAGACCGAACAAACCUACUGGCAGGCGACACCUUUCAGGGCUGUAGCCGAGCCCGGCAUCCAACUCAAGGCGGUGAAGUCUAGAUCGGGCCCCGGGGAGCACUUAAGGAACUCGCUCUGGCACACGGGAGACACAAAUGACCAGGUGCGUCUACUGUGGAAGGACCCUAGAAAUGUCGGCUGGAAGGACAAGGUGUCCUACCGCUGGUACCUGCAGCACCGCCCCCAGGUUGGAUACAUCAGAGCUCGGUUUUAUGAGGGAACUGAGCUGGUCGCAGACUCUGGAGUGACGAUUGACACGACCAUGAGAGGAGGACGACUUGGCGUGUUCUGCUUCUCUCAAGAAAACAUCAUCUGGUCCAAUCUGAAAUACCGCUGCAAUGACACCAUCCCAGAGGACUUCCAGGAGUUCAGCACUCAGCACGGCACUGACGCACUCUAAAGUCAUCACGAACAUAUGACACCAGAACUCCAAUGGAAAGUGUGUGCGCGUGGGUGAGAGUGCGUGGGAGUGUGUGUGGGUGUGUGUCUGUCUCUCUGUGUAUUGAUGUGUACAGUUUCUGUGCAUUUACGACCACAAUCUUUGUACUGUAUGUGCAUUUUAUCCCGUCUGUUCCCAAUCCUUCUGUUUAAUCAUCUCUUCAAGACUUAUGGUAAAUAUUCUAAGUUAUAAUAAAUCUGAACAGGUUGUUCUGACUUUCAGAACCAUCACUGCACAUUGUAAAAGCACACCAGGCCCCUCAUGGCCCCCAGAUUCCCUUAAUUAGCUUUACCUUUUAUGUUUUUCGCAUACUUAAUUGGGCGUCAUUAAAAAAAUUGUUUGCAUCUACACUGUUGUUACUGGGAAUAUUUUAGCUCAUGAACUAUCAGCAUGGUGCUUUACUCUUUCUGUCAUGAGGAGGAACAGACCAAGUUUUGUAUCAGUCAGAUUCCAGAUUCUGCCUCGUCCUUCUAACUGCGUGACUAACUUAAAGUUCUGUGUGACCUGGUUUUGUCUCGAUCAUUGGGUUGUCAAGGUCUUGGUCAUUUCAGAUCUGUAUAGUCAUGAAACCUGGUCACAAUAAAGGGCUGUUUAAUAUAUUUCAA